AUGCAACUCUCCACCCUGGUUGAGUACCCCAGUAGGAGUGAAGAGCCUAGUGCAUUAUGGGAGCUGUCAUUUUCUCAUGCACAAAUUGGUAAACAAGACUUUGUUAUGGCCUUAGUUGCUUGGAUUAAGCUCUGCUGCACAUUCCAUAAUAUGCAGCAGAACGUUGUUCUGUCCCUCAAAAUCUUGAAUGGCCAUGCCCUUUGUACCUUAAAUGAAAUUAAUAAUUGGUUUCCAUGGUGGUUUUACAGUAAACAAUCAACAGCAAAGAUGAAAUUUGUGUUUGUUAGGUCUUGUGACAUUGACUUAAUCUUAUCUGAUGUACCAUCCUUCUCUUUAACUUUUGAAAGGCUUCAAAUAAAUGGCUGUCUUUUCUUCUCAUUUUUUUUUGGCUGGGAUCAAAACAGAUACAAAACCACCAUACCCGAAAACAGAAGCUUCCAUGGGCACAUUUGUAGGACACUUGGUGCCAGGCCUGGCAAUUACCGUUCUUGGCCUAUGGCACACCAUCAACAAUAUCAGAGCCUAUUGUCUCAAAGGCUCUAUGAAAUUUGCAGUUUCACUCUUUCUGCUGAAUUAAGUCAGUCCUCUGAGAUUCUAACAGCUGUUCCGGGAAUGCUUGUGGCCUCUGUUUUUGGUCAGGAGCUUUUCUUGCUCCAUUUCCACUCAGCUGAUCAUGUUGGACUUGAAGGCCAUUACCACUGGCUCUUGCAGCUCAUAGUGUUUGUCUCUCUUCUGGCAACUCUAGCAACAAUGUUUCUACCAACUAGUUUUUCUUCGGUUCUUCUUCUGUCGAUUUCUGUUGCAUUCCAGGGUUGUUGGUUUAUGAACAUGGGAUUUAUGCUAUGGACUCCUGAGUUUGUUCCACAAGGAUGUAUCAUGCAGUUGGCUGAAAGCAGCAGUGACAGUAUGCAUGGAGCAGUGACUUGUAACUCACAUGAAGCAGAUGUGAGGGCAAGAGCAUUGGCCAACUUGCAAUUCAGUUGGAUACUCUCUGGAAUUUUGAUAUUCACUGGAAUCAUCUGCCUGAAAUUUGCUGGAAAAAGUACCCCUAGGGCAGCUGAAUAUGAGCAACUUCAAAUCAGAGGCAGCGAUGUCCCUAUAACCAUUGAUAGCUUCAAGCAAGCUGAUCCUUAGGUGUUAGUAUUAUUUAUUUAUGUAACCCGCCAUCAAUAACAAAGAAAUUGGAUCACAAAGGCUGAGCUUGAACUUCUCCACUUUUGAGUAAAUAUAAGAAGCUCUUGUUCAAAAUAUUUGCAGCAGGAUAAGUGUCUGAAAUUGGUGGCCAAUAAAAAGUGUUUGAAAUCUAUAAGAAUAUUGAAUCAUCUCGACUGAUGAGCAGUAUCACUGUGUUAGUUUUCUUAACUAGGCACUGAAGUGGGCUUCAUUGCAUCUAGUUUAUAGUUGUGGUGAAGUCUACAAAUUAGAAGCUUGUAAUUGGUUUUUAAGUGAAAACAGAGUACAUCUUUGUGAAUUUGAUGGAAGAAAAUUCCAAAGCAGACGAGGAUCGUAAGCUUCCUGUGUUAGCCAAAGCGUUAUUUACAUUAGGCAGCUCCUAUAUAUGCAAGCUUUAGUUUGUUACUACACCAAGUACAAAUUUUAUCUCGAAUACAAAAUGAACUAAUAAUGAAGAAUGUAAAUACAACAUUUUACUUCUAUUUUCUAUAUUUUUAUGAAUAAAUAAACUGUGAGUAAUUGAUUUGACAGUCAGUUUAGGCAGAGAGAUGCAUUCAACAAAAAUGAAUUGCGAAACAAGGACCAUAUGCCCCAAUAUAGAGUGAGCAUAUGGGACCUGGCAUGCAACUAUUUCUUUUUCCAGUGCUUCAUACCAAAUUAGCCAUAAAGCAUGGAAGGUAACCUCUAACAGUGUAGCUUUAGCAACAGUUAUCCCAGGGCUUUCACUCAUGUUGAUUGCUUUGUCCGAGACUGUCCCCAAUUCGAAUCGAUGAAGCAGCCAAACCAAUUGUUAAGUCCAGGACUUGAAUUGCAAAAGUGAUAUCUGGAUAUGGUGCAAUGGUUCUUUUACUUAUUCGGUUGCUUGCUAUUUUUCAGUUCUUUUGUUAGGCGUGCAAACAGAACAGUUUACCCAUUUAGACAAUUCCAAAAUCAUUAUUUCACAGCCUAGCCUUCAUAUCAGAAUCAUCAGUUACCUCUACGUUUAUUGAAAUAAGAAAG